CGCACAGAUACGCGCACAUCUCGUCGUCGUCGUGUCUUCAGAAUUCAGAUCGCACGUUCUCGCUGAGAGCCCUCGUGCCGUGCUAGCAGUAGCAGUACCAUAUGUUGGAAGGGAAGGCGGUGGUGGAGGACACCGACAUGCCGGCGAAGAUGCAGGCGCAGGCGAUGUCGGCGGCGUCCAGGGCCCUGGACCGCUUCGACGUCCUCGACUGCCGGAGCAUCGCGGCUCACAUCAAGAAGGAGUUUGACGCGAUCCAUGGCCCCGGAUGGCAAUGCGUGGUCGGCUCCAGCUUCGGCUGCUACUUCACGCACAGCAAGGGGAGCUUCGUCUACUUCCGCCUCGAGUCGCUCAGGUUCCUCGUCUUCAAAGGGGCGGCAGCAUGACAAGCGCCCAACGACAGGUAAGAUCACGACCAGGCGAAGCAGGAGGUGGAGGAUUCCCCCCCCACCGGCUUUAAUUUGUGGAGGGCGACGAGGUGGCACGGCGGCUGCUGCUGCUGCUGCUGGCGCGUGUGUGUGUGUGUGUGUGGAUAUUUCCUCGCUGUAGGAGUACGAUGGUACCAGUAGGCAGUAGAUUUGAAACAUCGUUGGAGAUUGGAAACAGUGGAAUUCAUCGCUGGUCAAAUUGCUUUUUUUGUAAGACGGAUGAAUUUGGUGAUAAUGGUGUAUGGAUGAAAAAAUUUUGAAUUUAUUUGGGGUUA